AACCCUCUUUUUUUUUUUGACACCUCAUAACCUGUUCUUCUCACCAUCGCCCUCAGUCCUGCAGUCUCUGCCUCUCCGCUUCCAACAAACACACACCCUAGCAUCAUCCUCAGGAAUAGACCUCAUCAGCCAGAAUGAGUAGCGACAGAGUACUUCCGAAUCAGCGUCCGCGCCGUGAGGGGCUGACAACAGCCUCUCAUGACUGGACCGCGGUCAAGGCUGGCACGCUCGUCGAGAAACAGACCCUUGUCACCAUUGAUGCUGAUGCAACAGUCGAGGACGCCUGCGAGGUGUUGCUCAAGAAUGGAAUCACGUCCGCACCGGUCUAUGACAACAACAGGAAACUGUACGUGGGCAUGUUCGAUUACGGCGAUCUGAUGACCUAUAUUCUGCUGUUGCUCAAGAAAAUGGAGGUUCCGCUCGAGGACCAGACCAUGGAGAUGCGGGACCUGAUUCAGCGGACGAGCAAGAGCCAGAACGUGCCCGUGAAGUUGGCGUCCGAUUUGUCAGGAAAGGAUCCUUUUUGCAUGGUGACGGCCGAGACGAGGCUGGGAUCCGUGGUUCACGACUUUGGAGCAGGAAUUCAUCGUGUGGCGGUUAUGGAUGCACAAGAAAAUAUGAUGGGUAUCUUGUCGCAGUCCUCGACACUGGACUACCUUAUGCGUCAUUUGAGCGAAUAUCCUCAGCUCCAGCCUGUGAUGCAGAAGAGUCUCCAGCAAUGCGGGUUGACGAAUGGGAAGGUUUUGUCAGUGAACGGAGAGGAAAAGGUCUUGGACGCCUUGAUCUCGAUGAGUACACAUGGUGUCUCUUCACUCGCAGUUUUGGAUGAGCAGGGCAUGCUUCUGGGAAACAUCAGCAUGACAGACAUCAAGCAUAUUAUGAAGAACUUGAGGACGUCAUGGCUGUGGAUUAGCUGCUUUCAGCUGGUAUGCAAGAUCCGGUUGUCGCAUGGGGUGGAAAGCGGAGAGGACCAGUACCCUAUCCUGGAUGUGAACGUAAAGUCUACAUUUGGAUACACGCUCUCUAAACUGCAGGCGACAAAGGCCCAUCGGAUGUGGGUGGUGAACGACAGCGGGUGCGCUGUCGGCGUGGUUAGCCUCACGGAUGUGUUCAGGGUGCUGAGUGGGCUGAUUGAUGAAUAAGGUGCGCAGUCAAGCGCGCGUGGAUCAAAUUACGGAGACAUGGAUGGCUACUGUUUGAAGGCUGCAGUAGAAAAAAAAACAAAAUGCCGGGACCUGAAUAAAUACUAGUCCUUUUUUUAAUGACAGG